GAUGCUGCUCUACCGGGUUUGGUGGAGGGGCUUCGCCAAGCGAGUUCAUCCAGUUUCAGGACGGCUUCUGCGGACGGCCUCCUCAACGGCCCCGGGGUCAAGUUCAAGCAGAGGGGAACUGCCGUGAAGUUGCUCUUCGCGGCGUCGUCCCACCUGGCCCCGGCGCCGGUUCCCGUGCCGAGCCAUGCAGCACGCUGGGGAGAGUCUGUCAACAACCGGAUUUUGGAGCAGGUCCCUGAUCGGGCUCGCUUUUGCGAGUUACUUGCACUGGUCCGCUAUUGGGCCCAGCAGAGGGGCGUGUACGGAAGCCUGUUUGGCUUCUUCAGCGGAACCGCGUGGGCCAUUUGCUGCGUAUGCAUUUGCCAGAUGCACCCCGGUGCAACAACCGCCGAACUCCUGUCAAGUUUCUUCCAGGAUUUAUGCUGCUGGGAUUGGUCUGUGCCCAUUUCUAUGUCCACGGAAUCGCUGGAGCCGGGCAAGUUCCAG